AUGGUGGACUCAAAACCCAUCAUGGACCAAGUGCAUGACCUGCAGAUGAUACUCCAAGAGAUAUCAGAUGAAGGAAUGAAGAUCUGUGAGACUUUCACAGUGAAUUGCUUCAUUGAGAAGCUUCCCCCUGGAUGGGCAGACUUCAAGAACUAUCUUGCAUUCAAGCAGAAGGCUUUGACUUUGGCCAACUUGAUUUCUAGGCUGCAGAAUGAGUCACUGAAGCGUGAAAAAGCUGAAACAGUUCAGACUCAUGAUGCGAAUGUGGCUGAAUUUCGCAACAAACCAAAAGGCAGGUUUAACCCUAACAAGGGUCCGCUCAACAAGGUUGGACAUCGCGGAGCCGAUUGUCGCAGCAAGGCCAAGGAGAAAAACCAAGCCAACUUGACAGAGGAUGACAUGGUGGCUGUUGUUACAGAAGCUAACAUGGUUGAAGAGAAUCCGAUGCUAUGGUGGUAUGACACUGGUGCUACCACACAUAUCUGCAUUGACAGACAGAUGUUCAGCACUUACCAGAAAAGCAAGGAAGAUGCUCGUCUGCUGAUGGGAAAUGUGUCCCACUCCAAGAUUGAAGGCACUGGAAAGGUGGUCCUGAAGAUGACAUCUGGAAGAGAGCUCACACUCAACAAUGUGAAGCAUGUUCCAGACAUGAGGAAGAAUCUGAUUUCUGGCACUCUGAUGAGCAAGCAUGGAUUUGCCAUCAACUUCGAGUCUGACCAGCUGAUUCUCAGGAAGAAUGGUGUUUUUAUAGGAAAAGGUUUUGUUAAGGAUGGACUGAUUAAGAUGUGUGUAUCUCCAGUCCAGAGAAACAUUGUUGUACCUGUUUCCAAUGAUUUGAUUAAUAAGAAACCAGUUGCUUAUUUGGUUGAGUCUUCUAAUAUUUGGCAUGAAAGAUUAGGCCAUGUAAAUUAUAAGUCCAUUGAAAGACUGAUGAAUUUGACCUAA